UUUUUCCGCCUUGUUUUCUGUUUGGGAUCGGCCUUGACCUGUCUACCCUUGCCGCCGACCGCCGUGUGCCCGUCAGGACACCUUUUUUGUUGAUUCAAUGAGAAAUCAAGUCCUUUGAUGGCCGGCAAUCCUCAGUCUCAGCAUCGUUGCGUUUUUGUUGGGAAUAUACCCUAUGAUGCUACUGAAGAACAACUUGUUCAAAUAUGCGAGGAGGUUGGUCCAGUCGUUUCCUUUAGAUUAGUUAUUGAUAGAGAUACUGGAAAACCAAAGGGUUAUGGGUUUUGUGAGUACAAGGACGAAGAGACUGCUCUAAGUGCUCGUCGUAAUCUUCAGGGCUAUGAGAUAAAUGGUCGGCAGCUAAGGGUUGACUUUGCUGAGAAUGACAAGAAUGCUGACAGGAAUCGUGAACAGGGUCGUGGUGGUCCUGGUAUUCCCUCAAAUGUUGAUCCUUUAAAACAAUUGGGCGGUCCAGCUGGACAAUCCAGUCUUCACCAGCCAAUGGGGGACUCAGUUGCUGUGGCUGCUGCAACUGUCAUGGCAGGAGCUCUUGGGUCUGGUCAGGUUGCUAGCACACUCAAUCAGAUCGGACUUCAAAGUCGGCCCAUGUUGGGAACUGAUCCUCUGACUCAUCAUUUGGCCAAAUUUUCAAGGAGUCAGCUGAUAGAGGUUAUGUCUGCAUUAAAGGUAAUGGCUAUACAAAAUAAAGAACAGGCACGGCAGCUCUUACAUGCCACCCCAAACUUGCCUAAUGCUCUUUUUCAGUUGCAGAUGCCCAAUAUUCGGCAAGCCUCUGCUCAACAAGUUCACCCUCUCAUGCAAAGUGCUCAGACUCUUCCUGGACUUCCUCCACUUCCCCAAAACAAAGUGCAGUCAGAUUUGCUGCCUUAUGCCCAGGAAAAUCGAGUGUUGACUGGUGUACCAAACCAGAAAGCUGCAAUUCAGCAACUUUCUACGAUACCUCAAAUUCAACUUCCACAGUUAGUGCAGAACCAAGUCUUACAGCCACGUCCCAAUUCAGCAUAUGAUCACCCAAUGCCUCAGAAUGCAGGCCCUUCUCUCAUUAUAAAUCCACGGUUGCCAGCUGCAGGCUUUCAGACGACUAACAGCAAUCAUAAAUUAGUGUUUGGAGAUGGCAGCAACAACAACAUACCCAGUAUAUUCCCAACAGAAAAUAUUGACGGGGUUUUGGGGAGAGGAGCGCCUCUGUGGCGCCUCCUUUCCGCCUUGGCGAUGGGGCCAUCUCAGGCAGUGCCAAUGCUGAUUUCACAUCAUAUUUGCCGCCUCUUGCCUUGGCGUGCCAUGGUCACACCAUUUCGACAUCGUAGACCUAGCUCCUCAUCACCUUCCACCAUGCUGGAAAAUAUAGAUUUGAAAGGACGUGGUUCAGUUGUCAUUGGGCAGUCGAGAGUUGUGAGUGACACCAUGGACCAAGUCAAUAGAGCAUCAAAAUUGGUGAAAUUGAAUGGUUCACAAGCCCUACCAUCUUCACAGGCAGUAAAUGUAGUCGCACAAUUCCCGACUUCCAAUAUACCAGGAAGACAAGCCCCAAGAGCAGAAGAGACUCUGAAAUCUGACAAGCAGCAAGCUACACAGCUACAAGUCCCUUCAGAUGUCGAUCGAGCCCUGCUUCAGCAAGUCCUGAGCCUAACUCAGGAGCAACUGAGUUCCCUGCCGCCUGAUCAGCAGCAGCAACUGAUCCAACUCCAGCAAAUGCUUCGGCAGGCGACAUAGUUUAUGAUUGUUUGGUGCGGACUAUUUGUACUCCAUAUACAACAUAAAAGUCACGUCAUCCUUGUUCAAUUUCUUUUUUAGAGGAAAUUAAAAGGGCUAUAUCUUUAGGAGAUUUGCAUAUUUUUUUAAAGUGAGUAUGUCGGUCUUUAUAUGCAUGCCUGCGGGUUGUAUUCAUGUAACAUUAGGAGAAAUACAUAAAAAAGAAAGCGAGUUUUUGGUUUAUGACUUUGUUCGACUGGCUUACAGUUUUUGUGUGGCAUUUGAUCGGAAAUGCUGUGCUUGUUGAACUCCAAUGAUGUUUUUCGCGAUUUUCUUUUUGUCUUUGGCAUUGGUGGUAUUUGACGCUGAAAUUUGCUGCCCUCGGGUAGUUCGUAUGAAAUAUCACGACUUUGUUUAGCAA